CCAUAUCUCAAUUGUCAACGACAUUGGUUUUUAUUUUAAAACAAGUUACCUCGAAGAUUUUUGAAUAGACAACAGAUACGGAACUUUAAUAAAAUCUCAAAAUGCAAAAGGAAAGAAAGUGGUUUAAACCUAUGUUUGAAUUUAAUGACAGCUCACCUCCUAAAAAGAGUAAAAAAAAUUAUCCUGAAAGAAAACCUUCUAACAAUGAGAAACUAUUAAAUGUGCCCCAUGUAAAUAUUCCAUCCAAUAUAAAUGACAAGAAUUGGAUAAAAAACUUUGAUCCUAAAAAUGUAGAGGACUUGGCUGUUCAUACCAAGAAAAUACAGGAAGUUGAAGAGUGGCUGAAAACAGCUUGUGUUAACAGUAACAAUGACAUGUUAUUUUUAUCGGGACCAGUGGGCAGUGGCAAAACUGCAACUAUACGCACUAUAGCUUCCAAAUAUAAUAUAAAAAUUUCUGAAUGGAUUACACCACUCGAUAUUGAAUAUCCUUCAGAAUUUGGAGAUUAUGAAUUUAAGGAAUCACAAUCAAAAAAGUUUCUUGAAUUCAUAAUAAAUUCAGCCAAUUUUACGUCACUCCUGGACAACAAUAGCUGUAAAUUAGUGCUUAUUGAAGAUUUUCCUAAUGCUUUUAUACGGUCUCCAGCAGAGUUUAUAGAUGUAUUGCAGCAAUACAAACAACGAGCGAAAUCUCCUAUAGUAUUUAUUUGUUCAGACUCUCACACUGACAAUAAAAAUACAGCUUUUCACCUGUUCUCUCCAAGUUUGAAAGAGCAAUUUAACAUUCAUCAUAUAAUGUUCAACAGUGUUUCAGUUACUGGUUUAAAAGCAGCUCUCAAAAGAGCAGCAGAUAUAAUUAGUAAAAAGUAUAUUACUACAUACAACAUACCAACUGUAGACCUAAUUGAGUCUGUCGUUAAUUCAUCUGGUGGAGAUAUUAGAUCAGCAAUUUUAAAUUUACAUUUUGCUUCUUUAAAAGGAUCGUGUGUCAACUUGGAAACUAGUAUUAUUAAAGAGAAAGAAGUAAAAAAUAAAACAAGUAGAAAAAAAAAGACAGCUUCCAACAAAUUUAUAUCCCUAGGGAAAGAUCAAACAGUGAGUAUUUUACACGGUGUUGGAAGAGUAUUGAAUCCUAAAGAAAUAUCAACACCUGAUGGCCAUAAAACCUUAACUCAUGCUCCGAAGGAUAUUAUUGAACAGUUCCUAAGCCAUCCUUCCUCAUUUAUAAAUUUUUUAGAAGAAAAUUAUUUGCCACAUUUUUCAUGUGUCAAUGACGUUGAUAAAGCUGCUUCAGCACUUAGUGAAGGAGAUUGCAUGUUAGCCGAAUGGAGGGAAAAAAUAUGCCAAGAAUAUGGUUUAUAUACAGCAGUAGCGGGUCUAAUGAUAGCAAACAAGUCACCAGUAUCAGCUUGGAACCCAGUGCGAGGACCUAAAAACAUGAGAAUACAGUAUCCAUCCCUCAGUGAAUUACCACUUUUGGAACCUAACUACUUGUACAAGGAGUGGGUCUACCGGGAGGAAGAGGAGGAGGACCUGGAGCGGCGGCGGCGCGGCGCGACGCGAGGGGAACGCGAUCGCGAGCGGCGGCGGCGCGGGGGUGAGCGGCGCCGUGGAGGCGGGCUGCGGCGUCGGUACCUACGACCAUUACUUGUGAUUACCAGCUAACCAUUACCAUCGGAGACUAGCCAUCUUUGCAGAAGAUUUUAGUGCAAGUGUGUGAAAAAACACAGGAGCACUGUCUAAAAUUUAAAAGUAAACUUAACUAAGAGGGGUUUUACGCGAGUCCAAAAAAUUUACGGCAUCGAUUAAAGACAGUGAAUGGCAUGACUUAGAUGGCAAGUAAAAAAAAAACUUAUAUCUAAGUUUUGAAUCUUAACAUGAUUCUUUUCUUCCUUUAAACAGAUUUCAAUGUCCUAAAUAAUCAUUUAUAGAUUAAUUUAAUAAGUUCAAGUCAAUUAUAUUUUAAACAUAGUAAAAUAUUUUAUCAAAUAAUAUGUAAUAUACAAAAAAAAGUAUUAACCUCGGUGGGGAAUGUCGACGAGGCGGCGCGUGUCGGGGUGGCGGGCGCGGCGAGGGCCGGCGCGGACGCGACGGCACCAGCACCGGCGCUGCGGUGAUCUCUUGACCGUCGAUUUGUCCUGAAACAUUAUAUUUAAUUAGCAUAAUUUUGUUUAAAUAAGGAAAAGACAAUCAACAGACAAAUAAAUAUGAUCAUAGAUCACACCUCCAUCCAUA